UCAAUUCUUCUACCACAGCGUUCCUACCAUUUUGCAUCUCAGUCACAGGGCUUUCCAAGUCAGCACGACGGCAGUCAACAUGGAAAAUUCUUUCACACCGGAGGAAUGUACGAAGCUUCCGACACAACGGGUCUGAGCUUGAAUGGCGACGUCCUCCUUCUUGAACACCAAAACCCCCUUCCAAUCGAGGAGCCAGUCAUCAACCCAUCGCUGCUCAGUCAUUCUGGCACAGGCGAACGUGGCCGAGCAGCUGUCGAGCCUGGUCAGGACGGUCAACACCAGCCUACCGUAACAACUGUGCGCGUCCCGUUUGCUGGCGCAUCAACGUCUGCGUCAAACCCUGUCUGGAUAAACGAAAUAAAUCGACUUGAUCAUCGAGACUCAAGGUUUCUUGGCAUUACCCACAGAAACGCCGACGAAACAACCUCUCAAGGAACGCAGAGAUCCCAGACAUGA